AACAAUAAUUAUUUUUAUACGUGUUCGUAGCCCAAUUAAUGUUUUAGACUUUUAUUUGAAUGUGCCACACACCAUGCACGCCAAGCUGAGUGAACUGGAAAGGCGCAUUGCGGAGCGCCUGAACGAAAAGAUUGGCAAAGAUGCCAAUCAGCUGCAUCGCGCCGCUUUGCUCGUGGACAGCUACAAGGAACGUUUACAUACGCUGAGCCAAACCCUGAACUAUGAGGAGCCGCAGAACGUGUCCAGCUACAAGUCGGCGUUACAAUGCCAGCAGCAGGUCUGCGAGAGCAUUGACUUUGAGCUGGAGAAACUAAAGCAAUUCAGUGCAAAACUGAAGCUCAAGCUGGAGGAAUGCCAGCCGGCGCUGCUGGGCGUGGCCGAGGAUCUGCAGCAGGUGCGUCAGCUGCAGAAUGUGACGCAAUAUUUGCGCCUGGUGCAGGACAUACAGGAGAUCAGCGCCGCGCUGAGCGGCGCCAUCAAUGGCAAGGACGAGGCCAAGCUGGUCAACAUCUAUCUGACCCUCUACGAGGGCAACGACUGCGAGCACAGCGUCGUGGGUCGCCUGCAGGCCGUGCAGGCGCGCUCGCUCAAAUCCUACGCCGAGGCCACGGCCAUCUACUGGCACAAGCAGCUCAUGCAGCGGCUCUCCAGCGAGUUCGAGGCUGUGCUCAAGUCCAUGCGCUGGGCGCACCUGGAACAGCAGCCGCUAAAUUAUUCUCCCAGCCGGGACACUGCCAAGGCGCAACUCCUUGCCGAAUAUAUGUUCCUUAUCAAGUCGCCAGCGGAGGAGCAUGCGCCGCUGCAGAGCAUAACGCCCAGCAUUGUUUGCCCGCCCAUUAGCCAGGUGGUGAAGCUGCUGCUGGCGCCUUAUCGGCAGCGUUUCAUGUUCCAUUUUACGGGCACACGGCAAACGAAUCGAUUGGACAAGCCCGAAUGGUUCUACACACAGAUACUCAACUGGGGCAAAGAAACGCAUUUCUUUGUGGGCAAAACGUUUCAGCCGGCGGCCAUGAAAGCCGGCAGGCUGGACUAUAAUCUCAGACUGGAGUUCAUGCGCGGCCUGGUGCAGCUGACCAUUGAGAAGCUGGCGGCGGAUAUUGAACAAAUUGCACAGGAUGAGCAUCUGUUUGCGCACCUGCUGGACGAAACGCUGGCCUUUGAGUCGGAGCUGCGUGAAACCUUCGGCUAUCCGGCCAGCUUUCCCAGCGCCAUCUCCGUGCUCACACAGCCCAUGUACUUGCUGCGCUGGAUCGCGCUGGAGGAGCAAUUUUGUGGUCAGAAAAUGGAUCAGAUACUGCAGGCGGAGACGCCAUUUCAGCUGAUCGAUCCAAACACCUACGAGGAUGACUUGAAGAUACCCAAGUGUGCGGACCAAUUUAUGCGCCUGCUGGACGCCAUCAAGGAUCGGUAUUAUGCGCUCAUCCAGCCCGGACAUCAGCUGCAGUUUCUACAGCUGCAACUGGAGCUAAUUGACAGCUUCCGGCGGCGUCUGGUGCAGCUGCACAGCAGCGGCGCCCUGGCCAGUCUGCCCGUGCUGAAUGCCAUCAACUAUUUGAUCAUGGUGCUGCGCGAAUGGGGUGAAAAUGUGCAUUAUUUGCAUUUGCAUGCGGCGCUCGCCGGGCCGAAUGCCAGCGAAAUAAAUUCCGUGUUUGAGCCGGCCGUUGCCGAGCUGGAGCACUGGGCCCGGCAGCUAAUGAAGAAUCUGGCCAACAAGGCGGUCAACGAGAUGAAGGCCAAGUCGAUGAACUAUCGCCACGAUGCGUGGCCGACCAUGCCCGAGCAAAACAGUCGGGAGCCCUUCAUACUCUCGCCCAGCGGCGGCGAAAUGUUUCAGGUUUUGGUCACGCUGCUGCACAAUCUGGAGCGUGAGCUGUCCGCCAAUCUGUUCAAUCAGACGCUGCGCCUGAUGGCCCAGCAGAUCGAUGACUUUAUGCUGGAGAACAUGGUGUUGAACACCAAAUUCUCGCCCGCAGGCGCCGCUCAAUUCAACUACGACAUGACGCUGCUCUUUGCGCUCUUCGGCCAAUACACACGUCGGCCCGAGCUGCUCUUCAAGCGAAUACAUGACGCUGGCAAAUUGCUGACGGCGGCGCGGGGCACCGCUUUGUUGCUGCUCGAAACGCUGCGCGGCGGCCAAACGGCGGAGGAGAAGACGAAGCCGCUGCAUGAACUGCGCGUGCUCGGUUUGGACAGCAGACAAUGCAUCGAGGUGCUCGAGCGACGCACAGACAUUAAAAUGUUUUGAAAAUAAACGCAAACGUGGCAAUCAUUGUGAUCGGAUCGGC